AUGACCAAUCUGACCUGGCAAGACAAGUGUGCUGCCAAACAGGCCGAAGCAGCCGCCAAAAUCCCCAUUGAUUGGCGACUUUCAGCAGAAAUCCUCCAACAGGUGGAUAAAAACGAGCUGGACAUCCUCGAUGUUCCCUCGAAGUGCGUUAUCCUUAGUAGGAGAGAGCUAGCUAUUACCGAGCUCCCCGAUGCAACUACGCUGCGAGAUAAGCUCGCCACCCAAGAGCUCAGCUGCAUUGAUGUUACCACUGCUUUUUGCAAGCGUGCCGCUAUCGCGCAACAGUUGAGUUCCUGCUUGACAGAGACGUUGUUCUCAGAGGCUCUUGUCAGAGCGAAAGAUCUAGAUACACAUAUCAAGACUACUGGAAAGCCCGUCGGACUUCUUCAUGGUGUUCCGAUAAGUUUGAAGGAGACCUUCAACAUCAAGGGUGUACCCACUUCUCUCGGCUUUACGUCUUUCUUGGAUCACGAGCCCGUCAGCCAGAACUCUGUCUUGAUAGACAUCCUUCUCGAAGCAGGUGCGGUGCUAUAUGUGAAGACCAACGUGCCUCAAACAAUGAUGACGGCAGACUCGCAUAAAAAUGUCUUUGGACGUGUGCGGAACCCACAUCGAAGCACUCUCACAGCCGGUGGCAGCAGUGGGCUCUGA